CAAGUGUAUCUUGUAUUUACGAAUUUUUUAUUUUUUAUAUUUGGAUGUGCCUUGUUAUCCUUUGGGAUGAUGGCUAUACAUCUAAAGAUUAGCGUUGCCAUGCUGAUUCCUAUCAACAUAUUGAAAAUGAUAAGCAUAUUAGGCAUCAUUCUCGUCUUUACGUCGCUCAUUGGUCUAUUGGGAAGUUUCUAUCGGGAAAGAAGAUCACUUCAUAUCUUAUGCACAACAACAGUCGUCAUAGCAUUUCUGUAUCAGGUCUCAAUUGCUAUCAUGGUCUAUAACCAAGCUGCUCAUACAACUAGCUGGCUUAGUGAAGCAUGGGCAGAGUCAUCAGUGGAUUAUAGACUCUAUGCACAAACAAAGCUUCAUUGCUGUGGAUUCACUGGACCAUCUGACCACCCAGUACCAAGUCCUACCUGUGUACCACAUCAACUAACAAACUCAGAGCAGCCCUGUCGUGACCCUAUGAACCAGUACAUGAGAGGAGAAUUGACACACAUUUACAUUGUGUUGUUUACUAGUCUUGCUAUAGAGAUACUAGCUUUGUGUAAUUCUAUCACCCAUUUGUGUACAAUGAACCCAACCCGCUCUUGGGAAGUCAGUCCAGAGCAUGUAGAACAGAGGAAAUAUGCUAGUAUGAACGAGUAUAAUGCCUCUGCUGCUACAUUGGUCAAUCCAGUUUAUUCAAAAUAUAAAAGACAAUUCUAG